AUGAAAAACCAUCUCUGUGACACCUCCAUCACUGUGAAAAUGGAUGACUCCAGGGACCUGGAUGUGGCGAGCAUCUGCAGAAGCAUCAAAUGCUGGUAUCAGGACAUUGCUAGGAGGGGCAAAGUAGAAGGCAAAGCUUUGUACAAGAACAAGAAAGACAAGUCUUUGAGGGAGAGUUUAUCAGAGUUAAAAUAUAGUUGCACAAUUUGGUUUCAGGUCCGACUGCUUGAGCAGCAGAAUAAGGUGCUGACGACCAAGUGGGACCUCUUGCAGCAGUGCAUCGUACCGGGGACGAGGAGAAACCUGGAGCCUCUUUAUGAGAGUUUUAUCUGCAACCUGAAGAAGCAGCUGGAGCAUUUGUUAUGUGAUAGGGACAAACUGAUGUGCGAAGAGAAAGCAGCAAAUCACCUUGUGGAUGAGUUCAAGUGCAAGUAUGAAGAGCAAAUCAACAGGCGCACAGCUGCAGAGAACGAGUUUGUGGUGCUCAAGAAGGCUUACUGA